AUGCCGCUGGUCCAGGCCAGGUCUUCCCCUGGAGGGGUGGAAAGGGCUGCGGGGGAGCCCGAUCAGGCUCUGGCAAUCUUCGAAGAGGUGGCUGUGCGUUUUACAGAAGACGAGUGGAUGUUGCUGAAUGCAGAUCAAAGAGUUUUACACCGAGAAGUCCUAGAGGAGAUUUGGAAGACGCUGGCUUCCUUGGAAAUACUUCUGGCUCUGGGAUCGGACCAGAACUCCAGGAUAGAUGAAGAUUUGCCAGCUGAAGGCUUCAAGGAAGAAGAAGACAAUUUUAGAGGCAAUUUAUCCGUUGGCCGGUGGGAUCCUGGUGAAUCAGGUGACGAAAAAGAGAAUACUACGAAUAGCGAAGAGCAGAGCAGAGAAACUCUGCCACAUCAGACAAGAAGAAAAAGACCCAUUUCACCUGAAAUGGUGAGCUUUAAUGAAUUCCAGGUGCAGCAAGGAGGUUGUGCGGGAAAGAGAGACAACCAAGUUCUGGCCGGAAAGACUGGGGAAUUCACCUCUUCUUGUGGAAAACUAUUGGCUGAGAUCUCCAGCCCUGCAACCCCAAGCAAAGUCCUGGAAUCGGAGAGGCUGUGCAAGUGUUUGGAGUGCGGGAAGGGUUUCAAAGACAAGAUGCACCUCAUGGUACAUCAGCGAAUCCACACAGGGGAGAAGCCGUUUCAGUGCUCGGACUGCCGAAAGAGCUUCAAUCGGAGUCAUCACCUGAUUGGCCAUCAGAGGACCCACUCGGGAGAGAAGCCGUUUAAAUGUCCUGAGUGCGGGAAGCGCUUCAUUGAUAAUAGCAACCUCACUAAACAUAAACGAAUCCACACGGUCGAGAAGCCAUUUAAGUGCACAGAGUGUGGAAAGAGCUUCAACCACAGUAGCACCCUCUCCUCCCACCGAAGGAUCCAUACAGGGGAGAAACCGUACACGUGUGCCGAUUGUGGGAGAAGUUUCAGCCAGUGGACAAACCUGAACACGCAUCAGCGGCUACAUACGGAGGAGAAACCCUACAAAUGCUCGGAAUGUGGAAAGGGCUUCUGUCAGAGUAGCAGUCUGUCUUAUCAUCAGAGGACUCAUGCGGGGGAAAAACCAUAUAAGUGCUCUCAGUGCGAAAAGACCUUCACGUGUGCCAGCACCCUUGUAUUACACCAGAGGAUCCAUACUGGGGAGAAACCGUUUGCUUGCUCGGAAUGUGGUAAGAGCUUCACUCAGCGGAUACACCUAACUCGACACCAGAGAAUCCACACUGGAGAAAAACCGUACGAGUGCCCGGAAUGUUUAGAGUGCGGCAAGAGUUUCUCUCAGAAUAGCGGUCUGUCAUAUCAUCAGAAAUCUCACGCGGAUGACAAGCCGUAUAAGUGCUCCGAGUGUGCUAAAAGCUUUGCUUAUAGCAGUACUCUCACUUUACACCUGAGAAUCCAUUCUGGGGAGAAGCCAUUUGCUUGCACUGAAUGUGGAAAGAACUUUACUCAACGGAUACACCUGACUCGACAUCAGAGGAUCCACACGGGAGAGAAACCUUAUAUCUGCUCGGAGUGUGGGAAAAACUUCCGGCAAUGGACGCACCUUAUUGCUCACCAGCGAGUUCACAGAGGAGAAAAACCAUGCAAAUCAGAGGGUCAAUUUCUGGCUUACCAGACGUUGCUGAAUUACAACUCGCAAUAUCCCUCCUCAUUUCCCGUGGUAGCGAGAGUUGGUGGCGUUAAUAAUGCAGCUUCAACUACUGGGUCACCAGUUCCCUGGCCCUGA